AUGGCUUCUACCCACUCUUUCUACCAAUACCCCCAGUCCUCUUACCCAAUCAGCAUGCCACAGAAGCCAGGCUUCUUCUAUCCGCAGCAACAGCAUGGCUACGGACGUGUGGCAGGGUCACCACCUGAGGCCAACGAUAGUGUCACAACAUCUGGAGUUCCAUCAUACGAACCAUCAGCAACUUCCAGCAACUACGCCGGAUCUGCCAGUGAUUACGAGUCAACUAGCGGCGCCGCCAGCGUGGAUCUCCUCGAUUACAUGGGCAGCCGUGUGAACGGCUCAUUCAAUCCGAUGCCGCUAGAUCGCAGCUUGGCGAGACAGGCGCAAACAUCUGGUGAACUCAACGCUAAACACCGAGAACUCCUUGAACUACAGCAACUUGCUCAGCGCAGAUUGGCCGGUGCUCGCAUGAACUUUGCCGAUGGCAUGAAAGCUGCGAAAGAAGUGCAGAGAGAUUUGCAAUGGACACAGAAGCGAGUAGACUCACUCAACGAGCGUGCGGCACGCAAAUAUCCAGAUCAAUUCCGCACUGCACAAGGCAAAUACCCAGCACCAGUGGACUACUAG